AUGGUUCUUGAACUCCACAUUUGGGGUCCAUCAUUUGGUCUUCCAUCCAUUGAUGCGCAAUGCUUAGCUGCUAUUGCAUACAUGCGGCAAGUUAUCCCACGUGGUCAAUGGUCCCUUGUUGCUAGCAGCGAUCCAACCCUAAGUCCCACGAAUGAAUUACCUGCUUUGAGGAAUAGCAAGAGUGGGAAUUGGGUGGGUGGAUACAGAAAUAUACUCGAUUUCAUUACACAAUAUUCAUCUGGAAAAUGGGAUAUGGAUGCGAGCUUACGAGGGCACGAGAGGGCCGAUUGUACAGCAUAUUCUGCAUUUAUCCAAGUGCAUGGUCAACCGUUACUCGAUCUCUCACUCUAUGUUUCCUCACAGAAUUAUUCCGAAAUAACACGACCGAUUUUCAAUACGAUACAAUCUUUUCCCCUACCAUACCUCACACCACCUCAUCUCCGAGCGGAAGCUAAGAAAAGAACCGAGUAUCUAGGACUAUCUGCUCUCGAUAUAGAUACCGAAGAUGGUGAUAAAUCAAGAGAACCAAGCAUUAUACCCGAAUCUUUGAGGAGGGGUAAACACACAGUCUCAAGUUUACUUGCAGCCUCCCCUGAAACCAAUGCGCAAAUCCGACUUGAUGCAUUAGCGACCGAUUUCUUCGAAUCCAUACAAGAAUUAAAAGGAAAGAAGAGACAUCUGGUUUCGAAUUCUCAUAUGUCAAGUCUAGAUUGUCUAGCAUUGGGUUUCAUGUCACUCAUGUUAUACCCGAAGUUACCGCAACCGUGGCUGGCAAAGACGAUGAGGGAAAAGUUUCCAGAUCUAGUCAAGUGGGUAGAGGAGCUGAAAGAUGAGGUGUGGGGUGGUGUGGUCAGUGUGGAUGAUGCCAUGCUUACAAAAGCUGGUAAUGCCAAUGCAGUGCAACAGAAGAAAUUGCAAUUACCUUGGCAAGCGCCUGAAUCUCGUGGUAUACUAAAUGUCGGAAGCGUAUUUUUGGCUAGCCUCGCAGAUUCCGUCCCAAUCGUAGGACAACAGAGAAAAGAUAAUCGAAUGAGACGGUAUGGUGGCGAAGAGACGGAAAAAAAUACUGAUAGUCAGGUUUGGAGAUAUGUUACCACUGUGGGAAGUUUAGUCGCUACUGUUGGUUUGGUAGCGGCUUAUGCGCUACAUCAGGGAUUGAUACAUUUUCCUGAAAGCUGGCCCGGUAAGAAGGAUGAUGAGUGCGACAAUACUCAGGGUUUGGGCGAUCUCGGAGAGGCGGGUCAAGCACUUUUUUCUUUUGCGGAUCAGAUAAAUUCGAGCGUGCAAAGACAAAGGGAGAUGGAGAGAAGUAAUGCACCGACUGUAGGUUGA